UCCUCAUACUUUCCAAAUAAAACGGAUCCAGCUGUGUCCAGCUGUGUGCCCUGCGUGCGUCACACCCGUGUGCUGCUCGGUAGACAGACUAGGUGGAAGAGAAGGAAAGAUGUCCGGCAUCGCGCAGCUGUCGGUGUUCCGGGGUUUGUGCUUUCUGUGGGCAGCCGUCGGCACGGCGAGGAGCGGGACCUUGUUCCCGCGGGAGAGCCUGGAGCGGGGGCCGGUCAGCUUGACCGAUAUGUUCCGAGAGGUAGAGGAGUUGAUGGAGGACACUCAGCAUAUACUGGAGGAGGCAGUGGACCAGAUCACUACAGAGAGUGCAAAAUCCUCUUCAGGCUCACUGGAGCUGGGUCCUAACUACCACAAUGAGACUACGAUGGUGAUAAAGAACGGAGACAAAGCAGUUAAGGUGCUAGACAGAACUGACAAGGACACUAACAACAACACUGGGGAGACUCAUUUGUCCCAUGUUCAUAUGGAGAUCUCCAGUCAGUGGAACAACAUGAAUCAUGAAUGCAUGGUGGACGAGGACUGUGGCAACCUGAAAUACUGCCUGUAUGAGAUUGAGAACUCCAAAUGCCUCCCCUGUAUCCCAACAGACAUGCCCUGCAUCAAGGAUGAGGAGUGCUGCUCUGAUCAGAUGUGUGUUUGGGGCCAGUGCACAGUGAACGCCACCAGUGGAACAGAGGGAACCAUCUGUCAGAGUCAGAGUGACUGCAGGCCACACCUCUGCUGUGCUUUCCAGCCAGAGCUUUUGUUUCCAGUAUGUAACCCCAAACCGGGCAAGGGGGAGUCCUGUCUAAGCCACCCCAACCUGCUGAUGGACAUGCUAGCCUGGGACCAGGAGGGUCCCCGUGACCACUGCCCCUGUGCCGAUGACCUUCAGUGCCAGCCUCAUGGCCGUGGGUCUGUGUGUGGAUAACAGUACUAGACUUACAGUGCAGCAGAGUUAGAUGAAAUGACCUUAACGAUCCAAAGACGGACGCCUCUGCUGAUCAACAGCUGCUGAAAGUACAGGCUGUUGCUUCAGGACUGAACUUGCACUCACUGUAUUAUUUAUGCCUUACUGCCAGUGUAUAUUAUAUAUAUAUUAAAAACAACAACAACAACAAAUGACUUGUUUUCAGCUUUGA